CUGCGGCUGGCGGGCUGGCAACGGGCGCGAGGAAAGCAGAGCAGGUCUGCGGGUCUAGGUGUCAAGUGUCGCGGCGGCGCACUCACGGCGAGAAUUGGGAGAAGGAGGAGACAGCAAGGAUAGGCCCAGGAGCAAUGGAGUCCAAAGAGGAGCACGCAGUAAAAAAUCUCAACAUGGAAAAUACCGACCAGGAAAAUGAAAAAAAAGAUGAAAAGGAGCAAGUUGCUAAUAAAGGAGAGCCCUUGGCCCUCCCUUUGGAAACUGGUGAAUAUUGUGUGCCUAGAGUAAAUCGUAGGCGGUUCCGUGUUAGGCAGCCCAUCCAGCAGUAUAGAUGGGAUGUGAUUCAGAGGCUUGAAGAGCCGGGAAGGAUGAGAGAAGAGAAUGUGGAAAGGAUUGGGGAGGAGAUGAGACAACUCAUGCAAAAGCUGAAGGAAAAGCAGUUCAGUCAUAGUUUGAGGGCAGUUAGCACUGACCCCCCUCACCAUGACCAUCGUGAUGAGUUUUGCCUUAUGCCUUGAAUCCUGGUGUUUUCUCUGAAGUUAAUAGGGAGACACCUGCUUUCUAAACUUAUGUGUUCAUGAUAUAGCUUUGUUGUAAACCUUUUGAUGUAACUCAUUUCUAAUAUGUCUAUUAUUACUUCGAGUUGAAUGUGUUUUUGAUCCAAUCUGUAAGAUUUUGUUAGCAGGAGAACUUUACCUAUUGCAUGGAAAGAUGGUCAUUAUAUUGUGAAACCAAUAAAGCAGUCUAAAAA